CAUUUCUCUUUCCCUCGUAUAAUUGUUUACAAAAAAAAGACAUGGCUAUGGCUGUCUACGAUGCUCUGAUUUCCACCAUUGGAGGAAAAGUUGUUGAAUUAUUGGUGGAGCCAGCUGGGCGUCAAUUCGAUUAUAUCUUCUCUCGAGUGAAAUACAUUGAAAAUCUACGAGAGCAAGUUCAAAAUUUAGAGGCUCAGAGAAAAGAUGUGCUCGACUCCAUCGAUGCAGCAAAAAGGAACAGAGAAGAAAUUCUAGAAAGUGUCAAGAAUUGGAUUAACAAAGUUAAUGGGUUCAUUCUUGAGGCUAAUGAGUUUCUUGAAGGUGGUACCAAUGUGAACCAGAAAUGUUUCAGUGGGUGGUUUCCUGAUUUGGUCACACGAGGCCGGCUAGGUAAGGUAGCAAAAAAUAAAGCAGAGGAGGCUAAAGAGCUGGGAAAAGAAGGCACAUUCAAUAACAACAUAUCCAAACUUGCACCUCCCUUGGGGAUAGAGUCCAUACCCUCUGAACAACUUGCGCCUUAUGCUUCUACAAAUUUGACAAUGACGAAUGUAAUGGAGGCACUAAUUGAUGACAAGAUCAACUUCAUUGGAAUACAUGGUAUUGGGGGUGUUGGAAAGACAACUUUGGUAAAAGAAAUCGCCAAAAAAGCAAAAUCUGAUAAGCUUUUUGAUGAAGUUGUGAUGGCUGUAGUGUCUCAGGACAAAGACAAUAAAAAGAUUCAAGAUGAUAUAGCUGGCAUGUUGGGUUUCACCAACUUAAUUAAUCAACCAAGUGAAAUUGCAAGAGCAAGCAUGUUGCGUGCAAGACUCAAGGAUGUGAAGAAGAUCCUUGUUAUAUUGGAUGAUGUUUGGGCCAAACUUAAUUUGGCAGACGUGGGCAUUCCAUUUGGCAAUGAUCACCAGGGUUGCAAAAUCAUAAUCACAACACGACGUGAGCAAGUAUGCAGUUCCAUGGGAAUGGAAAGGGAGAGGAUAAAGAUUGUUCAUCUUGAUGUUUUAUCUGAAGAAGAUUCAUGGGAUUUGUUCAGAAAGAAUGCUGGCAAUGUUGUUGACUCUAAUGUGGUAAAUGCUAUCGCUAAUGAGGUUUGUAAAGAAUGUGGAGGCCUGCCUAUAGCACUUGUUACAGUUGGAAUCGCAAUGAAAAAUAAAGAUGACCUUAAUUCAUGGAACCAAGCAGCUCAAGAAUUGAGAAAAUCAAUGCCAACAAACAUUGAAGAUGUUGAUCAACGAGUGUACAAAAGUCUUAAGUUCAGCUAUGAUUACCUGAGCAAGGAUAAUGACCUGCGAGGUGAGGAAGCCAAGGCUUGCUUCUUGCUUUGUUCUCUAUUUCCUGAGGAUCAUAACAUCUUAAUAGAAGACUUGGUACGAUAUGGGAUGGGGUUGAGGGUAUUCAAAAAAGUUGAUACAGUGAGUGAAGCCAGGGGCAGAGCAAAGUCGGUGAUCAAAAAUCUCAUAGAUUCCUGUUUGUUAUUAGCUGGUGAUAAACAAGAUUGCAUCAAAAUGCAUGAUGUUGUACGUGAUGUUGCCAUAGAUAUUGGAUCCGAAAAGUAUUUUGUAAGAGCUGGUUGCAAUUUGAAUGAUUGGCCAAAGAUCGAUAGUUUGGAUCAAUACAUUGGCAUAUCAUUGAUGAGAAAUCAAAUCAGUAAUCUUCCUGAGAUCUUAGAAUGUCCAAAGCUCCAAAUAUUACUAUUACAAGACAAUGAAAAUGCAUGGUCAUGUUCACAUGAAUUCUUUUCAUGGAUGAAGGCACUUAGUGUUUUAGAUUGGAGCCUACACUUCUACUCUCAUCUUGAUAAUCCAAUUCGUAAUGUUGAUGCUUUCAAUAACCAAACGUGUCUUCGAACAUUAGUUCUUGAAGGAAUAAAGUUUGGGGACACUAAAUUUCUUGGACAGUUAAAGACACUUGAAGUUCUUUGCCUCAGGCGUGCCUUCUUUUCUGAGGCACCAAAUGCUAUAAGGGAAUUAACUAAUCUAAGGUUGUUGGACAUGACUGAAAGCCGUCAUGAAUUUCUGAUUCCGGCCGCAAUGGUAUUGCCUUUAUCCCAUUUGGAGGAGUUGUACUUGUUUGACAUCACAUCUUCAAGUAUCGGAUACCCUGCAGGGGAAGUAGUUGUUGUACUAAGAUCUUUGCCUCGCCUAAAAUUGCUAACCAUUUCCAUACCUGACAUUGCGUAUAUACCCAAGGACUUUGUUUUUCCUGAGUUGGAUAGUUUUAUUAUUCUUAUCGGAAAAUCGAGAACGUGGCCGAGUGUUGAAAAUGAUUCUCCAAAUCAUUUGGAACUUGGAAAUUUGGUUGGACCCAUGGUUAAUUGGAGUAAAUGGCUAAAGAUGGUGUUAAAGAGAGCUACACAUCUGAGGAUUAAAGAUUGUCGUCAAUUCGAAUACUUGAUCAACGCAGAGGAAUGGGGGAUUUCAUCACAGGCACAACCACGUGAUUUGCAAUUGCUCUUCAACCUGGAAGAAUUGGUACUCCAGCAUUUGGAUAGUUUCAAAGGGAUAUGUGCAACAAGUGCAGUUACUACUUCCAGCUGGGUGUGCUUCCCAAAGCUCAGAAGUUUGGGAGUUUCCUUUUGUCCUGAACUAUCAAAUGUUCUUCUUCCAUUCAAUUUGCUUCAAAGGCUACAACAUUUGGAGAAGCUUGAGGUAGUAGGUUGCAAGAAAUUGGAACAAGUAUUUGAUUUUGGUUCUGAAAGAGAAGGCAUGAAGCUGCUUUCUAGUUUGAGAAGUUUAGAUCUAAUUGACUUGCCUAGAUUGAAGCAUAUAUUGAACUGCUCCAGUCGUCAACAUGUGCAACUUAGCAACCUAAGAUAUUUGUAUGUCUUUUCAUGUGGCAAACUGAAAUAUGUUUUCCAACCUUCCAUAGCUCAAGCUCUUCAUCAACUUGAAGAGCUUUCGGUAUACAUGUGUGAAGAAAUUGAGGAAAUUGUUGCAACCAAGCAAAACGAAAGGCACGACGAAGAAAAGAGUGUGGACUACAAGAUGGUGUUCAAAAGUCUCAAAAAACUCCACCUUAUGGGUCUUCCAAACCUAUGUGGUUUCUGCACGGGAGGAGACAACUUUCCUUUUGAAUGGCCAUCCUUGGAAAUACUUGAUGUGAGAGACUGCCCCAAAAUGAAGACUUUCGCUGCCACCACUUCCGCCAGCACACCAAAACUGAAGGAAGUUGAAUUGGAUAAAUCCGUGAUACCGCUACAGGGGAUGGACUUGAAUCAGUUUGUGCAAACCCAUAUCAUUUCAAAGCCACCUAAGGCAAGACAGACUGCUACUCUUGAAGAUGAUGAAUCCAAAUUAGAUUCUGAACUAGAUUAAGAAUUUAUGAGGAAUAACUCUCAUGAUUGUCAACCAUAAAGAAUGUUGAGCUGCUCCCUAUAUGUGAUGCCUACCUUAAGAUUUUAUUGUGCAAGGGCAUAUGCUUCCUAUGAUUUGUGUUUCUAAAUAAUUGUCUUGCUCUGCAAUAUCAAAACUACUACUCUAAAUAAAGGUAUGUUUACCUAAUGUGUGCUAAAGAUUUGAAGAGUGAAUAAAGGUGGAAACAAAGUACCCGGUGUGUAAUUUUACUUUCUUUGCAUUGUAAUGGAGCUUGUAUCCAAAAUUAUUUAUCUCAAUUAAUAGUAUUGUAUGUUUGUUUU